CAACCACGCUGCCGAUGAUCCUCGAUCAUAGCACCAUACGCAAUUCGAUGGAGCUGCGGAGACAGUUAGGCUGAUGUGUGGAGUUCCUGCUAGAGGUCCUAUCCAAGUAAAGUAAGUUGAAGUGGAAUAAGUCAGUCGAAAAUGCCCGACGUCGAUUCGUCGCCCAGCGACACUGGUGGCGUCGUUGGAUCGGCGCCUCCCACGAUCCUGCUUUUCCUCGCACUCUACGUGUUUGCGGCGCUGUUCAAGCGACGACUCCAAGAGGCCUACGUUCUUCUCCGGCGGAGCAACUACGUGAAAUGCACGCUGUUCGACUUUUUCCAGGAGAUGAUCUACUUCCGUCCAUUCAAGGACGAGGACACAGUUCUUUCCCUCGACGGUUGCGACGGCGACACGUUGAAAAGACGGAGGGCGGGCUUCGCGGACCUCUGCCAAGAUCUGCAAAAACUGGAGCAUUUGCACUGCGCCAACACACAGCUCGUCGACUGCAGAUUCAAGAAAGUGAAGGUACAAAAACGGGAUGGUUAAAAAAUGAAAUGAGUCGCGCUUUUCUUUUCAUACCUAUUUUUGCCAUUGCCCCCUUGUUGAAAGUGCGCUUCAUCCUGCGAUCUGAAGAAAAUCAUACACAACUCCACCCCAGGUCUUGUUCCCGCUGUUGAAAGAGCUAGAGCGGAAGUAUCCCAACCGCGUGGAAUCCGUCGAGGACGACGGGUGCACGGUGGUCUGCAGUGCGGCGCCGGGCGAGAAGACACACAAGAUGCUGUAUUUGAGUAUGGCAUUCUCAACUGUUACCUUCUCAACUGUUACAUGAGUUUGCAAUGCAAGAAUGGCAAAAAUGCAAUGGUGAAGAUUGCGCCUUUUGCAUUACAGGUACGGCGCAGAUUUAGAUGCUGUCUAGCCCUUUGGAAAUUUGUCAUGCGAAGCAGCUUGGUGAUAGUGAUACUGAUGAGAGUUCUGCAUGACAAAUCAUGUAACAGUUGAGAACGUAACAGCUGAGAGCGCCAUACUGAGCCUGGACGCUGUGCGGGUGUUCGGAAAGCAGUUUUAUGAGCAGGUACACCUGGAAGCGCAGAAGCGGUUUGCACAGUCCGCCGUAAACAGCAUCGCGAUCACACAGAAUCCCGAGAUGGAGAAAAACAUGGGACUUUGGCAGACCUUAACGGGCAUGCAAAAGUUUCGGUACACGCUGUCCGGGAGCGAAGCUGUGGACGCGUGCCUGAAGGUGCCAUAUGAUUUGAUAUCGUUAUCGUCCACCCCAACGUAGACACUUAGACCUACUUCCGAAGAGGACAAUGAAAAAAACGAGCGGCGCAGUUCUGCUGCGGUUUUGAAAUUAUUAAAGACUAACAAAACCAUACUAACAGGACGUGCGUCUGAGUACCGGAAAGAAGUACAUCGUUCGAUUCAAAUCUGCCUACCACGGGCACUAUCCUGUGCAAAAGUAUCGUACUCGUAGUAAUUGCAAUCAUGCAGCACAGAUCUUUCUCUUAAGGUAAAUCCGCAUUGCAAAUUUCAUUUCUCACGCUGAGGAAAUUUGUAAUGCUUUUAUACGAGUACGAUACUUUUGCAAGUCAUAGGCACACCACGGGCGUGGACGCCCUGAGCGCUCUCGGGGAGAACCACAAGAUGAUCUACUUGAAAGAGCUGGACGAGGAGACGUUGCUCUUUCUCGAAGAGUACCACUACCUGAUUGCCGGUGUCAUCGUGAACCCGAUGAUGUUUUUCACGGGACCCAACGCCAUGUCACCGCCUGGAGAAAAAAUGACCAUGGGAAAGCGGUCCAGGACGCUGCCAACCAGGCAAGAAUACGCGGACUGGCUACAUGCGCUAAACGAGAAGUGCAAAUACUGGUAUAGGCAGGUCUUUCGAAAAAUGCUUUUCUUCGCUAGAGUAAACUUUUUUCCGACCAACGACCUGGAAGUGCACGUGGGAGAGUGUUUGUGGGAAUGCGACUCAGAUGAAAAGGAGUGAUGAAUUAAUCAGUGAUGAAGCAUAACUGACAGAGCUGUAAGUAAGUACUUAGCUUAUAGCUUUCAACAUCACAAAAAACUACAGUACCAAGUACCUGACGCCAAUGGCGUUUAUCCUGGACGACAUUUACUUCGCCUUCCGCACUCCGGAGCUGUUUUCCUUCCAGUACUUCCGCAGCAAAACCAAUCAGCCUCUGGACCCGGACCAGAUCAUUCUGGGCAAGGGCGUGGCCGCCGGCUUGCCGUUGUCGGUGAUCUGCGGGAAGAAGGCUUUUGCGAUGAACUACGAUCCUGACUACCUGUUGAAGAUCAACUAUGGAAGUGUCAGAAUCGAAAUUGACAAAAUCGAAAUGAUUUGCCAUGCAUAAAAUGGAUUCCAGUUCGCGCCCAGUUUCUAAGUGGCGCAUGACAAAUUCUGGUGGUGCUUAAAUCCAGUUUGUAAUGCUGUUUAGGCAAAGAAGGCUGAUUCUCUCAUGCUGCUUUAGCAGCUCGAGCUAUAACCCAAAACAGGCUUACAAUCGGGCUCACUUGCCUGCUCUGCAACACACGUACUUCGCGUCAUGCAUUUCGUGCAUCACAAAUUUUUCGAUUUUGUCAAUUUCGAUUCUGACACUUUCAUAUCAACAAGGUCGUCGGAACGCUCUCCGCGUACCCGAUGGGCAUCGUGUCGUCCAACGUGUUUCUGGAAAAAUUCGUGACCCCAGAGCAGCUGAAGAAACUUCCGAUCGGAACAAGUAGUAGUGCAGGAAGUCCGUCCAGAUCUAAUACCUCCUCAACAUCAAACGGAGACUCCCCCGCCUCUACCACGGCUUCGUCUGACGAAGAUAUCAUGGGCGCAAAAAAGCAGAAAAUCGAGGACAACAUCAGAAAUUCCCUAGGCAUCGAGGAAGAUUCCCCCAGACCCGCACUGGUGGAAACCAUCUCCACGGCGGAACUGCGGACGGCGAACGGCAAAUUUGAUCUUUUCACCAAGGAAGUGAACGCGGCUUUUGAAAAGGAGAAAAUUCCGCUAAAACUCCGGAACUUCGCGAACACGUUCACACUCGAUUUUAAGUGCGAUUCGCUGUACAACUCGAUGUUUGUGCAGCACCUGAUCGCCAACAACGUGUUUGUGACCAACCAAAGCACCGGAAAGUUUAACCUCUUGCUCGACUGGACCACCGCGAAACACGACGGGGAGAGGAAGCAGUUGCUGACCGCGUUUGUCACCGCGGGGAGGCAAAUGAAGGAGCGAGGAUUUUUCGUCGAGAAGAAAAAGAUGCAGUUUUUCCUGCUGGCGAAGAAGUUUUUGUUCAGUUACUUAAGAAUCUGCUACGACCAAAUCAUGGAAGAUAAGCGGAUUGACAUUGAGGUAUUCCGAUUUUUUACACAGCUUGUGCUUCUUCACUUUGUCAAAUUUCAGAUGCACUCACCAAGCAUUUUUACAUUACUCUAAAAAAGAAAAACGAGAAGCGUGAUCCACGAACGAAUUUCACCUUUCCCAUAUCCAGGUAUCCCAUAACCAUCCGGUCAACAAGUUUACGCAUUUCUGGUCCAGUGUCUUCAUGAUCCUCUUUGCCUACACCUACAUUGGCUAUUUUGGUUGGUACAAGGAGGGCUUCCUCGUCUUUCUCAUCACCCACGUCCUCCGGCAGGCGGGGCACUUCUUUUACGAAAAGCAGGACCGCAACUACGAAAAACUCAAGUUCGGGCACAAGGACGGGUCGAAGAAGGCCGCCGCGGUCGGAAUUGCCGCGGCAAUCUACGUGUUUGUGUACCUGAAAAGCAUCCUAUCAAAAGGAAAAAUCCCCCCUCCCCAUAUCAAAAACGAAAUUUGUGUUGCUGUAUUUGAGUACACAAAUCGUUAUUGCUAGAAGGCCAAGAGGCGCAGUUGCUUCAUCGUUUGGAGCAAUUUGUCAUGCUAUUUCCCGUUGCCAGUUGCUUCCUGUCAUGCUGAAGACGCAAGGCGUCCCUGCGCCAGCCAGCACUACAAUCCGCAUCUCUUCCCUUCUAGCAUCACAAAGCUGAUUUGUGACCACAAAUCUGCAUCACAGAUUUCCGUUUUGAUAUUGGGAGGGGGCAUUUUUCAUUGUAAUACAUCCUCGUGUCCAUCAACACCACUCUGGGCACGUGGCGAAAUUUUGUGUGGCUCUACCGCGUCAGUUUCCUGCCCUUCAUGAUGGAGCGGUUGGGGUACUGGGGCGGAUUGGAGGAAGCGAGGAAAAACUACCGAAUUCUGGAGCAGAAUCCGACGGAGUUUCAGUUCUGCAGCUUGUCGGACGAGCAAUUUGUGGUGUUGUCGGGUCUGUUCACGAUCGUGCCCCAUUUCGCCGACAUCGUGCACGAGUUUGGGUGGGUGCGCGGAUGGGAAUGGUUUUUGAAAAUCCUCACCGACCCGUUUACCGACCUGUUGGACUUUUACGAACACUGGAUCAUUCACCCGAAGGAGUUUUUGGACUUGAAAAAGCAAUUUGGCGUGUACGAACUGGACUACGAAACGAAGAAAGUCAAGGACUGUGAGCAGGUAGUUGGUGAAACCGAAGCGAAAAAGCGAGUUUGAUAAGUGACGUAUUUGUUUGAGUGUGGGUUGCGCCACUAACUGCACUGCCAGUACGAAGUUAUCGUCGCGGACUACGACUAUUUUCCAAAAUGUAUCGCGCCCGCACUAUAGGACUGGGAGUCAUCAGAUUCGAAGAGUUCUUCUUGUAUCGGAGAAGUUCAAAAACAGGAACAGCGGCACGACAGAUAAAUAUACACUUCUGAAGAUAAUGGCGCUCCGAUGAAAACAGUGGACUCUGUCUUCCCGCCUCACAAUUCAUGAUUACUCAAAACGCACAUACAAGAAACAGUACCGGAAGUAAAGCCCUACAAACAAUAAACCGUAUUUGCAGAAACUGUACACUACAAUAGCGACAUAGGCUACGUAAAAUGAAUGACUACUUUAUUGCACCCUUCUGGCGCAUCGAUUUGCUUGAUUAUAUCUUCAGAGACUCGGCGUGGCGCUCGCUUUUUGGCUACUUGAAACCUCAAGCAAAGCUUAAUUUGCAUGGACAGUACUUACAAAUCUGAUGAAGAUUUUCAGCAGUCUAGAU